ACGGGAAGGCAGCAGGAGAAGCGGUCGGGGGGACGGUUUCCGCAGUGUUUCUCUACUUUGUGGAUUUAAAUUUCACGAUGGAUUCGCAGCCUCCGCCAAAGCCAUGGGAAAGGCGCAUUCCAGGGGCCAUGGCUGCACCUGUAAAUUACAGGUCUGCAGAUUUUCUACCAGCAUCUGGCCCCUCCACUUCUGCCGGCCCUCCUGUCCUGACCAGGAUGGCGCCCCCAGUGCCCCCUCGUCCCGUCCAGCAGUCCUACCGUCCGGCCUACAGCUCUUUCACCUCUUCUUACAGCCCUUAUGGGAGCUCUAUCUAUGGUGGCUACAGCCCCUACAGCUAUGGUGGUGGCUAUGGCCUGGGAGGAUACAGCCGCUUCUCCCACAUGGAAGAUGUUGCCCCCAGUAGAUUUGUGCAGCAGGCAGAGGAGAGCAGCCGCGGUGCCUUCCAGUCCAUUGAGAGCAUCGUCCAGGCCUUUGCCUCAGUUAGCACGAUGCUGGACGCCACCUUCUCUGCUGUGUAUAACAGUUUUCGUGCCGUGCUGGAUGUAGCCAACCACCUAACACGGCUGCGUGCGCACCUCACCCGAGUUCUGUCAGCCUUUGCUCUGGUGCGCACCUUGCGUUACUUGUACCGACAGUUACAGAGGCUGGUGGGGCAGAGGUCAGAUGCAGAAGUUGAGGACUUAUGGGCAGAUAGUGCUACUGAUGCCCUAGCUACUAGUGCAUCCAGAGGGUAUGGAGCGGGGAUGGAGGAUCAGAGUGUCAAAUCCUGGCCUAUCUUUCUGUUUUUUGCUGUGGUCUUGGGUGGCCCCUACCUCAUCUGGAAACUGCUAAGCUCCAGCCCUAAUGCAGAAGAAAAUGCCACUAACUGGGCCAGCGGAGAGGAUGACCAUGUAGUGGCCAGAGCAGAGUACGACUUCUCAGCUGCAUCUGAGGAGGAGAUUUCUGUGCGGGCGGGAGACAUGCUCAACCUUGCCCCUAAAGAGCAACAGCCCAGGGUGCGCGGCUGGCUGCUGGCCAGCGUGGAUGGUCAGACCACAGGGCUUGUCCCAGCCAACUAUGUCAAGAUCCUUGGCAAGAGGAGAGGCCGAAAGCAUGCAGAGAUGGAGAGGCUUUCUCAGAUCCAGCAAGGGACCACACAGGCCUCCCAGACAUCCCUGGCUGUACACCCACAGUCUUGUCCUGCCCAAGGCCUUGGUUCCGCCUCCACCUCAGCUUCCUCAGAGGAGCUGCUAGAGUCAGUGUACAGAGAAACACCAGCUUCCUUCAGUCUGGGAACAUCCAUCUCCAGUGUGCCCUCCAGCACAGUGCUGAACAUCCCUGAGAAGACUGACCUGUGAUGUGCAUGUGUACAUAUCUCUGCAUGCAGGUCUGAGGAAACGCCAUGGAGCACAUCAAGAAUUGCUUAAGGUUCCUAAACUCAUCUAUUAUGAUUCAGCUCACCUGACACAAUCUGGACCUUCUGAUAAAAUUAUUAGUUAAAAACAGUCCUCUAGUUAGAGCUUGUGUAAGAAAGAAAGCAUUGUGUAUUCUCUAAAUAUGGUACAUGACUGUUAUUAAGAUCAUGUCUGAUAAAAAAGUCAUGUCUUGAGUUUGUUUAAUAACCGAAAUUAUUUCAAUGUUUAAGUUAAUGAUGUGCACUGAUAAAUCACCUGUAUGACAGUGCAAGAACAAAGCCAUUGUGUUUUGUUUGAUACUGUAAUAAUGUAACCGUGUGUUUGGUCUUGGCCCUCACUUGCAGGCUGCUUGGUCUUAUGUAUUCUCUUCUUUGUGAGGCAAAUGGGAUUAAAUUCAUUCAGGAUGAGAAGGAGCAAAUUUUGCACAUUUUCAAAAGUUCAUGGGAAAUAAUUUUGUAAAUAUUUAAUAUAAUUAUUUAGAAAAUAAAUAUUUUUCAAAUUCA